AGAGAGGAGAGAGAUUAAAGGCAGCAGAUAAAAAUGACAGGUUUGUGUUGCAGGAGACGUUAAAGGUCGACUGAGGCUCGGCUCGGAGACGCAGAAGAAGACGCAGAAAAGAGGAUUUGUUGACAAAAUCACCAAGUUGGAGAAGCUCCUCCUCUCCGUGAUGUAGCCGCAAGUCGGAACCUCCUUAAUUACUAAUUUCUCCACAUCCAAGCCACGCUCUCUCCCUCCCUCUCUGCUCUCUCUCUCCGUCCGUCUCUUUUCUCUCUCUCCACUCCUCCAUCCAUGCAUCUCUCAUCCUGACCCUCCUUUCUCUCUCCUCUCUGUCUCUCUUUCGUUUCCAGCCCGGAUAACGGAGGUGGACGAGCUUGGAGUUGUUGUUGUUAUUAUUUUUUUAUUAUUUAUUCCUCGUUUUUGGGACCCACCGCCACCGGGCAUGGAGGAUGUAAAAGACCCGCCGACCGUCCACCGGUCCUCCUCCUUCAGCAUCAAGAGCCUCCUGCUGCCCUCCAAAUGCGACCGACCGGACUCCGUCGCCGCCUCCGCCGCGAUUGUCGGCAUCCCCGGGACUCUCUCUCCCUCACCGGGCUCCGACUCUGAGAAGUCGCUGGACCCGCCGGAGGUGGACUCCACAGCCGCGGCGCUGGACUCGGAGAAGCCGGGCAAGGAGGAGCAGGGGGAAGAGGAGGAGGACGGAGGGGGAGGCGGAGGAGGGGACGGCGCCAAGGCAACACCGGAGCAGAACACUAACGGUACCAACAGCGGGAAAAACGGGAAAUAUGACAAGCCUCCGUUCAGCUACAACGCCCUGAUCAUGAUGGCCAUCCGGCAGAGCCCCGAGAAGCGGCUCACGCUGAACGGCAUCUACGAGUUCAUCAUGAAAAACUUCCCGUAUUACCGGGAGCACAAGCAGGGCUGGCAGAACUCCAUCCGGCACAACCUGAGCCUCAAUAAGUGCUUCGUUAAGGUGCCCCGGCACUACGACGACCCGGGGAAGGGGAACUACUGGAUGCUGGACCCGAGCAGUGAUGAUGUUUUCAUCGGCGGGACUACCGGGAAGCUCCGCAGGCGGUCCGCCACCUCCCGAGGAAAGCUGGCGAUGAAGCGCGGGCUGCGCUUCGCUCCUCUCGGCUUGGGGAUUAACGAGCGGGCGAACAACCCGCUCUAUUGGCAGAUUUCUCCGUUUCUUUCCCUGCACCAUCACCACCACCAUCACCCGCACUACAACGGAUCAUCUCCCGGCUUUUUGAACCAAGCGGCCGGCUACGGCUCGUUACUGCCCGCCGUGGAGCAGUUGAGCAACGGGGACUUGGGGCGCUCCAUCCUCGGCGGGUCGGCCGCCGGGGCGCUGGGCUUGACGAACAGUUACGGGAUGAGCACGUCGCCGGUCGGGCUGCUGUCCGGACAGACUGCCGGGUAUUUUGUCUCAGGGACCCAACACGCUGCUACGGCACCGGGGCCGCCGGGAGGAGCGCCGCCGCCUCCUCCUCCUCCGCCGCCGCCGCAUCUCCAGCAGGGCGCACCGGGGUUCGGCGGCCUGGCGACCAGCAGCUCCCCGCAGUCGCUGCUCUCGGACUCCCUCAGAAACAGCUCCCUACCGGCCUUCUCCCCGGGCGUGUCCGCGGGGUUCCCCGGGGUGCUGUCCCAUCAAAAGAGGGUGACCCCGAACGCGUUCCUAAACUGAACUGCUCCCUUCCCUCACCCUCAGCUCUCCGUGGAUGGCACCAGGACGAGGGCGCACAAAAGACGCCAAGUUAAGGGCAAAUAAUAAAAGUGGUAAAUAUCGAAAACUGAGAGCAAAAAUAUAUAUGAAGUGAAACUUUUUUGGCCAUAUUCUGCCCCGAAGUGCAACGGGUUUAUUUUGAUUAUUAUUUUUUCUGAAAAAGGGACAAACUUUUGUUACCCGCGGGUUGUACAACUGUAAACUAGACUUGCCAAAGGUAACAGUAUAAGUAUAUUUCAAGCUAUUUAUAUCUUGUACAAAGAUUUUCAGUACUUUCUUUGAGUCGUUUAUUUAUGUUUUGUAUUUAUUGUAUGUAUAAUGUAUUUAAAUUCUAUUUGUCCGUGUAUACUCAUCAGUAUUAAGGAAUAAUAAGGGGAGGGCGGUGCUGGUGGUGGUGUCGGGGUGGGGAGGGUUCAGAUAGCUACGGGGUUAAUAGUAAUUAUUUAUGAAUUUUGAGACAAUCAAGGAAAGGAGAAAAAAGACAAUCAGUACUUUUUGUUUUCUCUUUUUAUUUUUCUCGGGAGGAAAAAAACUUUUGAAACUGAAGAAUAAAUAAAAUAAGUAAAAAGCCUUAAAAAUCUGCCGAAACAAUCAGGGUUUUUUGAGAGGAAAAAUAAGCCUACAAGUCAUAUCUCUACUCAGGUUUGACCCCGGACAGGCCUAAUAACAAUAAUAACAACAAUAAUAAUAAUAAUACUAACAAGGGUAUCAAUAAUAAUAAUAAUGAAACUGCUCUCUCUGAAGAGUUUCCUUCCAAAAUGAUGAUAUCCAAAUAGAAAAGUUACUUUUAUCCAAGCAAAUAAUAUCCGAGCUGCUGCUUAAAAGCUGGAUUGUUUUGACUACGCUGCCCUUUUAAAGAAAUGGAUAGAUAAAUGGAUAUUAAUGUUUUUGGAAAAGAACUCUUCAUGUGAAAUUAUGCAAAGCUACACAGCUGUAACACGAGUUUUCUAUGUUUUUUUAUUCUGUGUUAAUUUAAAACAAACUAAAUUGUCCCUUUUUCACUUCAGUUCAUUUCCUUUUGUAUUUAUGUGUGUGUUUGUGUGUUUGGAGGCCUGGACGUGCGUAAAACCUCCUGCGCAUGUGCGUAAAGGCGCGACGCACAGGUGAGCGUCUUUUUAUAUUUUGGGGGAAAAAUCGACCCUUUUCUGCCGCAUUCAUGCAGCUUUUCCUCCCCGCUCUGCUGCUCUGGUGCUCAGCGGAGGCUGGCUCGGAGGCCUCAGCUGGAGCUUUUAUUCUGGAGACACAAACACUCAUCAGGCCUCCAAAGCUGCGCGUACACACACACACACACACACACACACACACACACACACACACACACACACACAUUCAGAUACAAUAAUAUCUAUAAUAUAAAGGUGAAAAAAUUGCAUCUCCACAACCUUUUUUUUUUUUUUAAAUGUCAAUUAUUUUUAGGUGCAAAUUAAAAAACGAACAAACAAACAAACAAAAACCUUAAAAUCUACUGAGCAUUAACUCAUGGAAACCCUUCAUGUCAUUUCAGUUUUUCUUUUAUAAAAAAAAAAACUCACUUUUUUCUGCAAAAUGACCCAUUACAAAGCAGCAUGUGUUCCCUAAACUUGCACGACAAUCAACAAAACUGGAGGUUUUCGAACCAGCUGCAGUGAAAUAUUAAUAUAUAUGCAACUUAUUUUUGUAUUUUUGAUUUUCUGGGAGAACAACAAACUGAUAAAAAUCAGCAGAACAGAAUUUAAUCUGAUAAAAUCUGAUGUUUGAUGUGACGAUAUUACCGACACCGUGGUUUUAGUGAAGAGACAACUUGGUGUUUUAGAUGAUUAUUUUUAAAAGCAAGCAAAAAAAACUACAGGUUUCAAAUGAUGCAUUUGUAUUUUUUACCCAUUUAUUUCAGUAAAUUAAUGUAACUUUGUUUUAACAUGUUUCAUUUUGUUAUCUGUGGCUCAGAACAUCACAAGUUUAGAAAAAUUAUCAAUUUAUGACAAAAAAUGGUCAAAUUAAGUUUCAUUAAACACCAAGGUGUCUUUUCAGCAGAGCCAUUUGGAUGUACUGGUUAUCACUCUGAUUUUGCUUUGAGUUAAAUUAUUUAAUUCCUCAAUAAAUAUUUCAAUUGAUUAAUUUUGUGCUUUUUAAUCAGCAAAAACUAGUGUUAACAAUGUUCUAUUACGGAUCUGCUUCUGUGUGUUUAUACAGAAAAAUAAAAAGUGUGUUUUACACCAGCAGGAGCAGAAAAAAAGCAAAAUUAAAGUAUUGAUCGCUGAGGUAUUGAUUGAUCCCUCCUGUCCAAAAACAGAGCAGAUAAAAGCUCCAAGCAGCAGCAGGAACUAUGAUGUUUUUAAAAAGCAUUUUAUCUUAAUAUAAGAUAUUAAAACAGAACCUUUCUACAAUUUAAAUAAAAAUAAAUUCAACUCUGUCCAGUCGUUGCUGGUGUGAAAGCAAAACUGCACUUACUACAGUUAGUUCUAUUGAUUAAUACUGACUGAUCAUCAAUUUUGGGCCUUUAAAUGCAAAGAAGCACCAUAAAUAUAAUACCCAUGAAAUUAAUUUGCAUUUUUUGGUGUUUUUCAAAUUGCAAACAUCAAACUGGAAGCUGCAGAGCUUCACACUCUGCCUCACUUCCCCUCUUUUUUAGUUUUUUACAGCGAAACUCUAAAUCCUAUGCAUGUCAUACAGAAAUAAAAAACCUCCCGAAGCCCCAAAAAACAGAACCGAGCUCAUCCUCAGAUAAAAAAUAAACGUUAAAAAAAGAAUAUUUUGGGUGAAACAAAAGCACAAACAGUCCAGCAGGUCUGACUGAAUAUUCAAACAUUUAAAUUCCAAACAGGAAAAAAAAGGUCUGUUUUUCUCUCUGUGUUACUUUUUUUGUCCAUUAUAGGUUUGUAAAAAAAUAUUUGUUUUGGAGAAUUGUUUGGUUUUUAUUUUUUUGCACUUUUGUAGUUAGCGUUCACUCGUAUGAAGUCUGUACUGUCUGUUCCGUUGCUGUCUGUCUGUUUUCAUUUUCAGAGAAACUAAACUUGAUUAAAAAGGAUGAAAGAA